CACGGCGUUCUGGUGGGACGAUCACCCGUGCUGCCGGCCCAGAAGAUUUUGGCCAUGCAUGGCUCGACUCGCUUUUGUUCCAUGGAUUCUGCUGAUCACUUCUUCUUGGUGGUUGGUAAGGCUUGUGUUCCAUCUUCUAGCUAUUUGGGAUCAAGAAAAUCAAAACCUCUGGCGAGAUAGCCAACGACAGACAAACAAACACGCAGAGAAAGAUAUCCAAGCCACCGAGAAAGGUUUCCAAGAAGUCGACGUGGCCGGUAUGUCUCCAAAACCCUGGCAUUCGGGAAAGCGGAUGUACUACAUCGAACCCGUCGGGCUCAUAAUUUUUGUGUGGUUGGCCUUGACCCCUGGGGUGUUGGGUGCUUGGAAUGCUAAAUUUUACACCCUUUCCCUCCUCACGGUCGCUGCGGCCUUCCUAUAUGUUCACGCAGUUAUGGGCGACGAGUGUUACACAACCUGGCCUCACAAGAGCCGACUGGACGAUAUCAGAAUUCCACUGUGGUCUCCAUUUGGCCACUGUAUGGUCUACACGUUGCCGGCACGAGGACAUGGAUUGGAAGCUCAGAUCACCCGAAAGAUCAAGUCAGAACACAAGGUCUUGGACAAGUACCAGCACUUACUCGGCGCCUUGGACGUUGUCAGAGACAAAUUCACUCUAGAUGAGUGCAAAUCUGCCAUGUCCAAAGUAGUAUCUGAGCGGCUGCGAACCUUGAACGCGUACAACCAGGAGAAAGAGAUUCAGUAUCUCGCGCGCUGGCUCUACCAUCCGGGAGAGAAUAAUAAUUCGAGCCCCAGAGAACCCACAAAGGAUAGCUCUAAGGAACUUAAGGACAUCUCUAAGGAACUUAAGGACAGCUCUAAGGAACCUAUAAAGGAAAAAGGUCAAGGACUAGGUUCCCUGAAGGCCGCGAAGUGGGUGCCCGGGGCAAGUUGUAUAGGCCGCGAUGUUGUCAUGGCACUGCUUCACUGCGAGCUGCUCCUGUUUGAGAGGCGUACGGAGCUCGCCAAUCGGGGUGACGUCUGGAACCUUCGGAGCAGAAAUUAUUCGGGGCCCCUUUACUGUCGUUAUGAAAAAGACAUUGCCGUCGUUGGUGAUCCGGAGAAAGAAAAUCCAGGCCAAAAGAUCAAUGCUUUCAAAGACGCUGUCUGGUAUGCUAUUCGGGUUGUCAAGCAGAUCUCGAAUGAGAAAUGGGAAGACGGCAAGUGCGAUGAUCCUCUACUUACCCUCAACUUCAAAAAGCCAAGAAGGUCUGUUGUCAAGGAGCUCAACUUCGAAGGUUUAUGGUUUCCAUUUGAAGACAUGUACGUGGAAAGGCUAUGGUCCCUCUGUUGGGCGGCCGAUCCGAGUACGUUUGGCGCGCUCUACCUCUUCCUCCAGGUGCUGUAUCUGGAUAUCGGCAACGACAACAGGGUUCACAUCGCGCCCUUGCAACCAUGUGCGGAAAGCAAAUACGACAGCGAAUGGAGGUUGCGCUGGCGACACCUUUGGCAGACCGCUCUCGUUUGCGAAAUCUUGAUCAUGCUUCCAACCAUCACCAACUCUUUCUUCGUGGCAGUCGCCUCUGUCGUUUAGGCUAUCCGUUUUGACUGACCAGCCGACCUUCGGCAAGC